AUGGGUAAGUGGUCUUGGUCUAGGGAUCUGGUGUCUAGUAUAGAGAUAUUGGAGUGGAACGAGCUUAUUUCUCAGUUGGAUAUGGUGACGAUGUCGGGCGGUAAAGACGAAUGGAAAUGGAUGGGUAAUAAGAGUGAUAAGUUCUCGGUCAGUUCGGUGAUUGAGUUAAUGUGUAUGGAAAAAGAUUACAGCCAAUUGUUUGUCAUGAGACGGAGUAAAUGGGUCCCAAAAAAAUUGGAUGCAUUAAUCAAAAGGAAUAUAAAUGUUGAAGAUCAGAGAUGUGUUUUCUGUGAUCAUGAAACGGAGACAAUCGAACAUUUGCUUACAGGAUGUUAUAUCGCUGCAGUGGUCUGGCAUUUUAUUGGUGCAUGGUGUUUAAAAGGCUCGUUUUUUCCCUUUUCGGUGAAAGAUUUAUUGUGUUCAACUGAGUGUUAUUGCAGCAACGAGAAGGAAAAGGAGGCGUUUCAUGGUGUUAUCAUGGUCUAA